AUGGCAGAGGAGGCUUCCAUGGCAUCCAUAACCUCAAGUAUGGAUAUCGACGAGGCUCAACAUGUGUCUGCACAAAAGACCGUUCCAGAGACAAUCUUCGCUAAAUCUGAAGAACUGUCAGUUUCUUUCUACGCCAACCUCCCCACCGAAGUUAAGCAAAUCCUCAAGGGUGCAGACUUUUAUGGGGAGUCAUAUUCCGGGGGAAUCGAUACAGAAACUGGUUAUGCAUUGGUGGCUUCCCAGCGAGCUUGUUUUGUCUGGCAAUAUGCCCAGUCUCCAAAGGGAUCUCCAACGUGUUACAUCUUUUCGAGUCCUGGAGAGGGGUCGAACAGCUGUCCCUUCCACGCUCUUGUACCUUUCGGCGCCACACGCGAGCCUGGCCUGGUUCUCCUCGCUCCUCAUGGCGAACUCCGUUUCUGGGAAAGCAUAAGCAAUGGACUUGCUGGUGGUGAUCAUUUCUCAACAUCUCAGCUUAGCCUGGAAGUAGACGAGUACAUCACAAACCUCACUCGAGUUGAUCCCCAAACAUAUGUUGCAUCGACGUCUAUAGGCCACCUUUUCCGCUUCACCCUGUCGUCAACAGGCGGAAAGUACCAUCUCGCCGCUCGUGCUUUCUCGCAACCCAGUUCAUCUUCCCUCUCGCUUACACGACUCCUUCCAAGCCGGUGGACCUUGGCCUCGGCUGGCUUACAGCCCAAAGCUGGCAACAUCAGCUCAAUAGCGAUAGAGCCUGUUGACACUGUCGGUAUCGCUGUGGACUCACGGCAGCUUUGGGCUUUGGUGGACAGUCGCUUACAAAAGUGGAACAUCCACAUUGCAGAGGGAUGGGAAGAGCCUACGCUAGAUGAAGAUCUGCUCCCUUCCUUACAUAAGGCUUUGAGGGAACAGCUAGGGGCUUGGACUACGGACGAUGAAAGACUGGAUCUUGAGUUAGUGGAUCUGCAGGUGAAGAGUGCGAGAAACUUGCUGCUCCUUAUCUCUUUUUCUGCGGUGGAAGAUGAAAACAGUAUGAUGGCAGAUCAUGGACCUUUUGGAGCGCAAGGACCGCGUCGCAGAUAUGCCCUCGUCCACAUGUCUCAGCCCAAUACGACAGAUACCAUUAAAGUCGAAGGCGUUAGACGGGUGCCAUACCAAAGCACGACCAGCUCAGGGGCACCAAUCCACCCUCGCAUCCACUUGCUGUCUGGUGCAGAACUGAUAGCUGUUCAUUUCGGAGACGUAGUGGCAUUAUGCUCUCGCUACUCGGUAUGGGAGGAUCGACUCACCUUGAAAUACCCGUACAAAGACCAGAUGCUCGGCCUUGGUGUCAUGGAAUUCACAGACUCAGAUCAAAGCUCGCUGCUUGUCCUCUCAGCAGGUACUAUCAUGAAAGCAUCGUUAUCUCUCAGCCAAAUAGCAGACUUUGACCCCGAGAGUGGACGUGCCCACUUGAUCAAGUCUAUACUGACGCAGGCAAUCCUGUACGGCUCAAUACCAGAAAAUCCUCUUCACUUCAGUUUCCCACCGGACGUCGACGAGGAUGGUCUGAUGAAUGGCGCUGAACAGCUGAGUAAAGCGGUCAUUGAAUCAGAUCCUGAAAUUAUACGGCCCGACCACGACCUCACAUCACAGUUGACCAGCCGGAAGGAACGACUCAGCUGGCUCAUCCACUUCAUCAACGACAACGGUGUGCUGACCAAGCUAUCUCAAAGUAGUCGGCAAAGGUUAGCUACCGAUGCUGAGAAGCUUUACGCAUGUCAUCAACUGUGGACUGCUUUGAAUGACCAUCUUGACCAUGGAGCUACGCAUAGCAUCCUUACAGAAGCUGUAUAUGACUACAUGCAUUCUGUUGGGAAUACGGCACACGAAGACGUUGUUCGUGCUUUUUUCAAAUAUCGGGUUGGUGAUGUGGGAAAACUCUUCCCAUUCGUAAUGGAAUCCGUGAACCGCCUGUCGAAAGAUGUCGGUCGAAGCCUCGCAGCCUCGUUGCCUGAGUCUAUCAGCUGCAUUUUAACUAUCCUCAGCUCAGCACUGGACUAUCGUGCGUACAACCUAGGCGUAUAUGGAGUCACUCUUCCUAUGAUCAAGCCCUGGACAAGCAGGCCGGGAAUCAUCGACACCGUCUUAGGAAUGUUUGACGUGGCAACGAAAUUUCUUGAUGGACCAUCCGAUGCUGAGAACUCUGGAGCCAAAACGGAGCCACGAAAACAGCUACCGGCUUUGGCCUCUGUCUUGUUCACUUGCAUCAAUGAACGCCUUGAAUGGCUGCGUAGCAUUGUAGCAGCUGGGGAGGCAGGGACAGAAGUCGACAGGAAGGAGCUUAGCGACCGUUUUGCUCAGCUUCGGCCGGAAAUCUUCGAGACUUUGCGAAUUCAUGGCCACUUGGAGCAUGCCUUCUCUCUCGCAGAGGCCUGCAAGGAUUUCCGCUCCCUUGCUUCACUCUGCCACAAGGACAAGGUGUGGCCGCCACAGGAAAAUCCUCAUAUGUCGAGGAUCGAGAACUACAUCCAGAAGUUCCGAGAUGAGUUCACGGCCGAACUUUAUCAGUGGUAUAUUGAACACGGCGAGCUUCGCGGUCUUUUUACACUCGAGGACUCGCAAAAGUCAUAUAUGGACGUUUUCUUCGCUGCGCAAGCUCGCUCUUCGAUUUCUUGGAUAUAUGAUCUCGGCCAGGAGCGAUAUGGGGCGGCGUCCGCUGCGCUCGUAGCAGAGUCUAAAACGACGGACAGCUUGGCUGUCAAACACUUCGCACUGAGCGUUGGAAAGCUUGCUCACCUUGCCCAAAUCCAAGAUGGCGUUGCCUUGGACGAGACGUCUUUUGACGCCUUCCACGACGGUCUUGACUUCGUCAGCGUUCAGCAAAACUUACUAGAGGAAAUGAGGACCGUGUUGUCCACCCUUCGCGGUAAACAAAGUAUCGAGAACCAGGUGGAUGCCAUAGUAAAGGCCAAGGCGUCCACAAUUAGGGAUCGGAGAGCCCUUCUCGGUGUCUUCAAAGCUCUCAUUCGGUUGAUGCUGCAGAACCAUGCGUUGUCCGUGGAAGAUGCAGUAGACGUGCUGACGCUAAAAGACAACAGCGAAACUAUAGAGGACUAUGCUACGGCUCUACAGCUUCUCAGUCGAGUCCAGGAUUUGCCCGAUGCUCGCAAAGCUUCCUCGUUCCGCCGAGUAUGGUGCCGAAUUUACAGCCACGACAACUGGGACCAAAUCAGACAAACAGCAAAUGUCACAGACUCUCAGCUUAUGAUGCGUUUGCGCGGAACUGCUCUAUAUAAUACUCUUUCAAUAAUUCUCCGGGCCCCUCAUCACUCUCCUGGUUACGACCUCGACCCGUCUGAAGCACUCGUCACCCCGGACGUUGCUGAACUUGCUUCACGAUGGCCGGGAAUGCCUCAAGAGCAAGUGGAAGCGCUUGAGCGGGAUUACAGAGCGGAAAGCAAUCUAGUGGCGUCGAUGAAAUUGGAGGACGUGUACCAUCGUGUACGGGAGUUGGCUAAGCAAGACCUUUCGGAUGGACAAGAGGUUCAUACCCCUUGA